GUUCUUCUAGAGAUUGUUUCACUUACUUGUGAAACAUCAAAAUGUCUUGGAAUAAAUACUUCAUCUCAUUUAGCUUACCAGAAGCCGUCAAUAGAGCUCCUAACUCAUCUUGGACGCAAAACAGUGCAAAUAAUGGCACGAGGCCAUUACGCCCUCAGUUUCAUGUACUUGAUGUGCCUCCUCUUAAUUGUGUUCCAUAUUCUGGUCCACCUCCUGGCACUGCUUCAACACCAAUAGACAUAGAUAGCAUUCCAUCACCACAAGUUAAUUCCAAGCCUCCCAUUGGUAACCACCCUGCUAUGGUAUUUAUGCCUUCUUGUACAACUAAUGAAGAGUGGAACAACAUUUUAGCUGCUACCAGAAGUGGAAUUGUACUCUCUGGAAGUGCUGCAUCGGGAAAGAUGGGACCACCUAUAGGAGCUGUAGAUGUUGGUGAAUCUGAGGAUAAAUAUGUAUUUCGUGUAGCGCUACCGGGCGUCUCUAGUGUUCAAAGUAAGUAUCAUGUUUGACUAGCAUCUAUCCAA